CAAAGCAAACAUCAUCUGUCACUUCUGGCACAAUCCGUCAACAAAAUUCAACAAGUUUUUGGAUUUCCUUUAAAGAAUGUGGUUUUGUUAUAUCUUGCUUGCCAUUGCAGCAGUCGAUGGAGGUNUACCGACGAAGAACAACAGGGUUUAGCAAAGCACAAUGAAUUCCGACAAGUACAUGAAGCUGCUGCUAUGACACUGGACAGACAAAUGUGUGAUGAGGCGAAACAGUACGCUCAGACGCUUGCAGUUAUGGGUAGCCUGGUACAUUCGCCGGGCAGAGACAGAGGUGGACAGGGAGAGAAUCUUGCCGUGGGAUGUUCAACAGACGCUCCACAAACCAUAGAGCAAGCCGUGACAAAUUGGUACAACGAGGUCUGUCUUCCAGGAUAUAGCUUUUAUACCCCCUCCUUCAGCGGUGGGACAGGCCAUUUCACUCAGGUAGUGUGGAAAGAAAGCAUUUUUCUUGGUAUUGGACAAGCUUCAGGGGAGAAAAACGGCAUGAAAUGUACUUAUACUGUGGCUAGAUAUAAACCGGCUGGGAACAUUUUCGGAGAGUUUUCCGAAAAUGUGCCAAAAGGAAACUUUGAUAAGGAAAGCUAUUGUGCAUCAGUUAAGAGACAUACCGUCUUGGACAAGCACGGAAAGGCAGCUUUGCUCAACGAUUCAAAUGCCACAAUGGGGUCGGCCGAACUUCGCGGCCAAUACGAGGAACAAUGA